GUGGUGUUCGCUGGAUCAGGAUCACUUAAACCGCCAUCGCAAGCCUUCAAUAAUCCACUAGUGCUGUCUGUUCAAAUUUCUGAGUAUGGAAACUUCUCCGAAUAUUGCAGACAAGAAGUCACUCAAGUCUCAGUUGUCCAUCGAGUUCGACCGGUACGACGUCGUGUCAGACGACGACAGCCAUUUGUUUUCACCCCUUCUGGAACAAUAUGUGAAGGAUGGAAGGAGUCAAACAUUCCUCGAAAUGUAUCUGAUCCUUUCAACGCUUUUGUAGAGAUGGUUGAUGAAAGCAAGAAGAAAUACGAGAGCACAGUUUAUUACUCUGCCAAAGAGGAGCUCGUCAUCGUAAGCGGUGAGAAGAAGGAUGGUUUAGUGCCAUUUAUCAAUGAAACAAAUGUCCCCGAUGGUGUCUCCGUGAUCCACGAUUUUACAAAAGGAUACGAGUACUCAUUGGGCUCCUCACCUUGUUUGCGCCCCCUACCAAAUGACACAGCAGACGUCAUUUCUUCUGAAGGAACACUUUCUAUGCGCCCUCUUGGUGAUAUCCUGAUUGCACCAGAUUUGAAGUUUGGAAACUAUGGACAGCUAACGGAUGGUCGCCCAACGUUGAGUUCAUAUUCGCGAUACUCUCAGACGUCAUCCACUAGGGUUUCCCAUUAUCAACAACCGAUUCGUGCCUGUUUCAUACAAUCGUCACAAAAGCAAAGCGAUAACAAUACUUUCAUAUUGGAAGUGAAAUCAAAAUCGGUGAAGGAUGUUUACUCUCAGGGAUAUGAAAGAGUUUCAUUUGCUCUGGCAAACGCUUUGUCUCAGAUAGCUCCCAUAAACCCAUAUCGUCUACGUGUGUUUUACGAUUCUGGACCCGACAAUUCACUCAGGGUGUUCUUUUCACUUGAUGAAAAAGCUGAUGUGAAGCCUUCUACUGUGCCGAAAUACAACUUUCACGGUAUGCUUAUCAAUUUGGCUUCUUCGGACAAGAUU